UGCCGCCCGCGGCUUUAACAAGGUCUUGGGGCGAACAAACAGUUGGCGAUUUUAACCGUGAAAACUCUUGCAUCAGUUAACCCCAGGUGCAUAUAGUGACCAAUACGGCUACAAGAUGAGGCUUGUGACCACCCCAACCACCAUUUUACUUGUCAUUUAUUUUGCCAGCUGUGCGUCUGAGAGUCUGCCCGCCUGCAAGUCAGACUCCGGGUGUGGUGAUAUAAGCAAUUCUCACUGCGUCACCCUCGAGCAACCAUGCGUAUGCAACGACGGUUACCACGAAACUGCUGACUUCACAAGCUGCUCAGAAGAUAUUGAGCCUGGGAAAGAGUGUCUUAAACCCGGAGAAGAAACGGAAUGUGUUGACAACGCCACCUGUACACAGACGACGACAGCUGGCACAUCGGACAACGUCUCAACAUGCGUGUGCAACGAAGGAUACCAUCGUGCACAGAUAGUCAACGACAGUAUCGGCUGUGAAAAAGAUCUCGCUCCAGGCGCGACCUGCACUCAUGCAGACAAUAACCUCGAGUGCGUCAGCAACGCAACCUGUCGCAAUUCGUCUGAUGAAGCUGUUAACUCGACUAUGAAAUGCACGUGCGACAAUGGUUUCCAUGAGGACCACAGCGCAUGUAUACCAGACUUAUUAAAGCCAGGCGAAAACUGCACUAAGGAGGGCAGUUCCGACGAAUGCUCGGACAACGCUGUUUGUGUGAAAACUGUGGAGGAUGGAGGCGCCGAGCAGCUGCAGUGUCAGUGCAACAACGACUAUCAUAACACCACCGACUCCUCGGGGAACGCCGUUUGUGAAAUGGACACCUGUGAUGACAGUCUAAUGAAAUGCAAUGCUACAGGUUUCAGCACCUGCACAGAAGUCAACACCCAGGUUACCUGCAUCCUGUCAAGUCGAUGCAACAGUUCCAUCACACUGGACGUUGAAAAAUACUGGUUGGCCCUCAGUGCCGCUAGGGGUCACAUGACUAACUGCAAUUACACGGCAGGGAACUCGUGCAAGGAGGAGAUAACUGCAUGUUUCAACGUAUUCCUUAAGACAGAGACAUCGUGCAGCUCGCUGGAUAUACUCACGACAUGUCUGAACCAGACCACGUGCAAUGCAAGCAAGCAGGAAGAAGCGAUGCUCUCCCUCGCCUUUACCGCCUCCUCAAACGCAGCCGAGGAAAUAUCGUGUAAGUGUGUCAGCGGUGUGGACCGAUGCCUGACAGAAUACAACAGCAGCACGGAGAACAUCAUGGAGCAGGCGCAGCUAUGCACGUCAGUCAAAGCUCUCUUAGACUGCGUAUUUGAGGCUGACUGCCACCCAGAGAGGUCUGUUGACCACCAGAAGCUGUCCCAGGCUUGGAGUUUGGCACUGGACAGGGCAAAGACUAACCAUUGCUCUCUGACUGCAGAAGAAGCAAAAUCUUGCGCUCUGCAGGCGACCAGGUGUUCGCUCCUCUAUGCUUCUGGGAUUCAGAACGCCACAUCAAAGGACCAGCAGUGCAGAAGUGUGGCGGAGCUAAAGCAGUGUCUGGACCUGAACACGACUGCGUGUCGACAAGAGGACCUUGUGGUGUUCCGAGACCAGCAGAAGGCCGCCGUCGACUCCUUUAACUGCGGAUGUCUGAUGACACUGGACACGUGUGACACCAAAUAUUCGCAGCAAAUUCAGAAUAGCUCCCAGGACGCCACCAGAAAGUGCUUAGCAGUGUCAACAUACCUCAGCUGCAUUCUUCAAGGUAGCUGUAGCCUGUCUGACCCAGUGGACAGCACCAGACUGUCCCUCGCCCAGACCAUGGCCAACGGGCAAAGAGACUCCAACAACUGUAAGAUUUCUCAAACGGCAGACGGCAGCUGUGAUGGAGACAUAGUGUUCUGUUCCAACGAGUACAACUCAGCCCUCAACGCACAGUCGACCGAGGCUUCAAAGAAAUGCGAUGCAUCCCGCAACCUGGUGCUGUGUCUGAACGCCGCCAGGUGCCCCGUGAACGAGGGGAGUCUACUCGACACCUCCAGUCAGGCUGCCGACUUCAGGCUGCAGUCCCUUGACGGAUGCUUAAGUCCGAGCUGCUUUGCAUCGUAUUCGAUGGUGCUGAUGUGUAACGACACCUACACGCACACGCCGAAAAACACUUCACAGGAAAUCUGCAGCGCCAUGAACGACAUGGUGAGAUGCCUGACUCAGAAGAUGUGCAACACCUAUCUGACAGGCAGCAUUCAAGCCCAGUACCAGACACUUGUGGACACAAAGGCCGCCAGCUGCCAGUUGUCCUCCCUAACCACUGCCACCGGCUCGGCUAAUGGAGCGUCUUUCAUCGCCGUGGUCCUCGCUGUCUUCAUCUCCAGUGUCAUUGUAAGCAACUAGAAACUGCGUUCUGUACGUCGCUAUGACAAUUGUGAUUUUCACUGUUACUUUUGUGAAUUUUUCUGAGCCUGAAUGCGAGCCUUAUUAUCUGCAUGGAUUCAAUGACGUUCGUGAACACAGAUUCAUCGUUCUGAGGGCUCAGGCUGUUAACAUUUCGUCCUUUCGUCCUUUUCAACGGCGUAGUUUGACAUGACUGACAUCAUGAAUCUUAAUUAUUUGCCGUGAUUUGUAUAUUUGUAAAUUUCUUACGUCCAAAAUUUCUUCGAUGACUUUUAGUUAAAUCAAAAUUGUUGUCUUUUGAAUGAUCUUCUGCAAGGAAGUUUAAAUAAAUUAUGUCGAUGUUAGUCUGUUUAUUUAAAACGUGAGUAAAUUCAAGAAAAUGCUUUUGAUUUACAGAAAUAAAUUAACGUGAAAAAAAUCAGGAAAAAAUACAAGCAUGACUGUAGGUAUUGUAAACUUAAAACAAACCAAAGGUAAAAGAAAAUAAGAGGGGAAAUUUUGUUUCAUAUGGGUAUCAUACUAGUCGCGUAAGAAUAUCCGAAUGCUUGUUAUUCACUUAUCGUCUGCCUCAAGAGACUGAUUGCAGAUUUUGGUUUGAGUUCUCAGCCAGCUAUUUUAAGCCUUAGUUAAGAGAUUUAGAGGAUAGGAUACUACUUCCACCUCUGACUGAAGGCAACUCAGUGUUUUAGUAUUGUUAGGUGAUAUGACUCGCGGCACACUUGAACCAAAUCUGCUUCUUCUUUAAAUCCUCCGUCUUCUACAGCAAGAACCCUCUAUCGCUCCCCUCUCCCACUUCUCUUUCUCUCUCUUUACUUAUACGUAGAUAUUUUGUUGAUGUAGAACUUCAGACUCAACGUCAUAAUGCGCAAAAUAAUGUAUUACUAAUACUUGGAGGAACACACACACGUAUGCACGCACCCCUUCAUCACACUCACACACACAAACGCAUGCAGAGGAUGUGACAUCAACAAUUUUUAAUGUCUAUUCAGUAUGUAUUACAUUGUUGAACAGUUGUCGUUUCUCUUAAAUAAAGAGUAAUAAAUGCGGGAAGAAAAAACC